AUGUGUGCUCGACGUGUCGUCUUUCUCGUAGCUCUGAUGCUGGAACAGAACUACGUAUACUGUGUGAAUAUAGCCCCACAAGCAACGAGUUACCUUACAUCUGUGAACAACAAUACCUACACCAUCACCGGCCAGGGAGCCUGGAUCACUGAUGGUGUGACGUCAGGGCCGUGUGCAUCAGUCUCGUCCCUACAUCCGGCAUGGAAGGCUGAGUUUGGACAGAAUAGGACAGUCCACGGGAUAAAGAUAUUCUGGGAAGGUCCACAGAAGGAUGUUAUUGUGUCUGUAGGUGGCAGAAUAUGUCACACUGUGGACAGCUCCUACACAUGGAUGUCAGAGUACACCCUCAACUGUGGUGUACCAGUGACGGGAGACAACCUCCUGAUGUAUCGCCGACCUGAUGGGGGGAUGCUGAAUCUAAGUCUCUGUGAGGUGGAAAUCUUCGGGACACCAGUUACGACAUCUAGAACGGCUUCAUCUACCCUUACAUCUACCAUUGCAAUGCCUCAAAACACCAAAACAAGAAUUUCAACAAAUACCCUAAUGGAGUCAACGACCACAUCUUCAUCCUCAAUUCGAACCUUGUCCAGUUCAACAAUGGACAGUGGCGUAUCACAAGUCGUUGAUUCAGGGGACCACGAUGACAACUUCCCUUUACUGAACAUCAUUGUAGUAGCUGCUGGGACUGUUGGUGUGGUCGCUGUUGUUGCAGUUGUAACUGUUGUGAGUGUAAGGAGGACGAAACGACGACGGUCUGCAGCUAAGGACGCUGAAGAAGCAGUUGUGGCAUCUUAUGAAGGAUGUGUCGCGGAACCCCGGGAACACAAAUACUCUGACCUGGAUCCCACAAAGCCUCAGAACACCAAUGGGAUGAUGUACGAGAAUGUACAACACGGGUCUGAUCACACAUCCAUGUAUGUUAACACGACAGCUACUACCAGCUAUGAGAACAUACAGGAUGACGUAUGCACAUAUGUCAACAUCGACUAUGAUAUUGAACAAGAUAGGUCAAAUGGAAGAUCAUGUUAUGUCAACACCGGUUAUGAUGUUCAACACAUGAAGGAUUCGGCACAAGCAAGCAUGUAUGUAAAUACUACGGAUUUGGGUCUGUAUGAAAAUACCCUAAAUAUCCGUACAUAAGAUUGGUAACUGUGACUCAUUCGGGUAAACAUAUAUACCCUAUGAAGAGAUUCAUGUUGCAGUAUCGUCAGUAUAAACCAUAUAGUCGUUAAUUACAGUGGAUGACAAUACCUUACACAAGUUUGAAAUGAACGCUCAGAGUGACCAACAUGCAAUAAUUUAAUAACAGGUAUUUUCAAAAGUGGAAUGCUUUGGUGUUCAUUUGAUUGGUUAAGAUUUGUACAAAGUAUCCACAAGAAUGAAAAGAGGAAUAAUUUAAACUUUCCAAUGGUCAGAUUUAUUUUUCCCAAUAUGUCAGCAGCUCUACACUUUUGUUAUUGUGGAAAUUGGUUUGUCACUUUAUUUAUUAGUCUGGUACAGUCUGGCAAGAUAGAAUAGUGGUAUGUUGCAUUGGAGUUCCAGUUUUGUUUGUGUUGUGUGGUCUUUCUUCAAAAUUUAAGUAUUGUAUCAAUUGGCUUUGAGGUCUUUUAAAUAUGGUCCUCUUGGAGUUCAAUGCACUGGUUCCGUCACAUCUCAAUGCCAGUUUUCCAAGUUUUGUAUAGUGUCGAAUCCUACUCUGUCAACCAACCUACCACAGCAGCAACAAUUUCUUGAUCUUCAUCAUAUCUUGUGACCACGGUAGUGUCUAUCUUUAAAUUUUACAUUCAGAAAAGUUUUAGUGGCUGUUUUAAUGACUGUUUACUUCCAAUAAAAUUGGUAAAUGCGCUAUUGAGUGACCGGAUGUCUGGUUUAUCACUUAUUUAUCUGGUUUGUUUACAUGUGAACACAACUCCCAGACCAGAAGUGUUUCCAUGGACACCUUGUUUGCAUCAGUGAUGGAUCCAGAUCUCAUCACCUCACACAAGCAUAAAAUGAUUCACCUAAUAAACACAAACCUUUGACUCAUAUAUGUGCAUGAACGAUUGUAUCUCUUGGCCCAUACCAGACGCCUAUGCUUUUCCUUUACAAUUGGAGUGUAAUGGGCCUACGGUAUUUGUAUUUGUGGACCGCACCAAUGUUUUCCAGAAGAGAGGUCAUCUUCGACACUUCUUUCCCACGCUGAUGUUCCUUCACCCAACGUUCAAUACUCAUAAACAGCAUGCAACCGUUCAGCAAUAUCCUUUGGAAAUUGACCCUCUAGUACCUGGGAAUAAUAA